CGCAGGGACUCGCGCGCCUCGGCCGUACCUCGGCCCGAGAGCUCGCGCAUUCCCUGCCGUGAUCGCCUUAGCGUUCGAACGCCAUUUCGGAGCUGCUGUGUCCACCGCCGAGGAGCAGUCAUGUCUUGUGUGCACCUGAAGCCUCCUGCCAGCUAUGUCCACGCAGGAUGAUGACAUCGUGCUCUGCACUAUAUUGGCGCACCUCAAAAACGCUGUGAGAGCUGAAGAAGGCUUGCCCCUCUCCAGGCUGCAAGGCAUCCUUUCACAGCUUCCACCUUCAGUCCGGGGCAGGUUCGGAGCAACUACUGAAACCAUACGGUUGGUCGCAAGACUGUAUCCCGACACAAUUGUUGUAGGACCGGACAACAGAGUUUACACGUCCACACAACCUCGCGCAUCUGCCAAGAACAGUGCAGCAAAGAGCCGCAAUCCCGCUGACGAGAAACGCCCCGACACGACUGAUGCACCCAUUGAGCUGUGCAAUGUGACUGGCACAGUCUCAAAGUUGUUGAUGCUUUAUGGAUUUGUUGAUUUAGUACACCCCCUCAGAGCUAGUGUUUUUUUCGACAAGAGAUUCUUUGAGAAAAACAGACACUAUGACCUGACCAAGUCGGGGCUCAAGUUAGGUGACGUCGUCAUACUAGACGCAGUGAAAAGCCCACCAGGUCACAGAGCGAAAUAUCAGGCCACUCGCAUAGAACUUCUGCGAAAAAUGGCAAGUACCAGCAGCCCUGCACCGAACCAGGCGGUGUGCCAGCCAGGUAGCGUCAGCAUGACCAAUAGAUUUCCUGGCAAAAUCCAGGCUGUGAAUCCAAGCCAUGGAUUUAUAUUAUUUGGUGAGGAUAAUAAAGAGUGCGCUUAUUUUUCUAUUGACAAUAUUGACAAGUCCUUGCUCCAGCCGGAAAAGAGUUUGAAUGACUUGUUUAGCGUCGGGGACAAUGUUCUCUUCGAUGCCCAACCAAAUCCUAAGCCGACCAGUUACGCCAAGUGGUGGGGCACCAAUGUGAACAAAGUGCAAAGUGCCGAACUUUCCCACGCCAACGACAGCGGAGACGAAGCGUUCCUGUCCGACAACGACAUCGCUGAGUUACUGCUUGACCAAAAGGAGUUCUCUGCGCGAAGGAAACUGUCCGGCAUCCAGGGCUCUUUCUUCCCGAACUCCAAGAUUACGGGUCUUGUAUCCGUUGUUCAACCCAAUGUCAUGGUCCUGGUGCCAGACACAGUGGCAUACUGCAACGGAAGAAAGAUCAAGUCAUUCGGUGAGAUGUUGAAGGACAGCGCUGUCUCAGAAGAUUUAGAUGUCUUUGUAGACGCUGUCGAAGUGGAGCGCGACACGUGGGUAGCAACGCUCAUGUGGACUGGUGAACGGCCCAAGCACCCCCCCGUUGAGCAGAGCGAAAGCGCGUUUCACAACGCCCUUGCUGUCGCUAUGAGUGAAAUGCCCGCGGGCACUCGCGACCUGGAAGCAGGAGACCUUGGUAUCUUCAGUACGCCUCCCAAGUUCUGCUCCGCCGCCGAUGUUGACCAUUCGGUCGUGGUCUACCCUCACAGCAAGGGGAUCCUCAAGGCUGUGAACGACCACAGUGCAGUGUGCGAGGUGCAGGAGCCAGAGGGGUGCAGAAAUGUGGAGUUCUUCACAUUCCACAGGAACAACGUGCCCCAUGUAGGCCACUUCAAGAACAUCCUCCGCGAAAACGACGUCGUUCAGAUCGACUAUAUGGUCGGUACGGUUGGCGGGAGGGAGGAGGUGUGCUGUCGCCUCGUGUGGCAGGGCGAAAGGCCAAGCGUGCACCAAACGAGUCCCUCGGAGUUUGGCCUGCUGCUGAAGGCCAGGGCAGCGCAGCAAAACAUCCCUGCAGCACUGAGCAAGCUCAGCGCACUAGCUGAACCACAGUCUCACGGCGAUAGAUGCGGAGGGCCAAGCAGUCCAGCUCCAGGACCCAGUUGCUCCAAAUGGCCGUCGUCAGCUUUGCAUGGAAGGAAACCGGUUGACAAACAGAAUGUAACCAGCCCAUCACUACCCUCGGGUUCUGCCACUGGCAACGCUGCCACGAAUGGGACAUCCACUGCAGCCGGGCCCCCCCUGGAGCCUACAGUCUAUGUCUUCUCGGGCAGGAAGGGCACAGUGAUGGAAGUCUCCGACUGUUCCGCCAAGGUGGAAGCCAGGGAGGGGCAGACCAUCCGGGAGGUGGCGGUCAAUGUGGACUGCUUCUACAGGGACGGCAGGACGGUCAUGUGCAAACUCAACCAAGUUCUCCACAAGGGGGACAUUGUCAACAUCGACUACAUGGUCGGCAGAAUGGGCUGCAAAGACAGGGUCCACUGCAACCUGGCCUGGCAGGGCCGGAAGCCUCAGGGGGUGGUGUGCCUUAGCCCGGAUGAGUUUAAGGAUAAGCUCAGCCCUCGUGGGUCAGGCAACCCUUUCAUCAGUGACCUGCAAAGCAGCAUUUCUUCGAAGAUGGAACAGCCCGGCAAAGAUGCUCCAAGCGGUCUGGCAAAGUACUCGCUGUCACAAGCCGACGCACGUCCGCAGAUGGAAGUGCACCAGCCACCUCCACAGACAUCCAAAGCAGGUUCCGGGAAUCUAAGCCAUGUGUCCAUACCCUCAACAGGUGAAACCAACGCCAGACACUGGAAGUUUAUUGAAAAAGUGUGCGACCGAAUCAACGGCAUUGUGGCAACAAUAAUUCAAACCACGUUACAUGACGAGGUCACUGAAGUCAUACAAGAUUUACUGAACUCUCGACAAGCGAUGAACAAGGGUCACAGCGCUCAAAUUUCACAAGGUGAGGGUGACGGUGGCCCUGUCGCUGAACCAUCCGCAAGGCAGUCCAGUUUGGUGCCCGGCCCAGCUGGCAGUCCCACUUGGCAGCCUUCAAAUGCGUCGCAGCAGCCGAGUGUUGGCACUGGCCCAUCGCAAGCAUCACAGGCGACUUGGGGCGAUACCGUUGGGCAGCUUGGAGGAAAGCCACCAUCCAGCUUCAACAUCGGUCUGGCGUCCGCUGUGCCGAAGAUGCAGCAAGUGAUGGUAAAUCCAACUUGGCAGCCCUCGAAUGUAUUGCAGCAGCCAAGUGUUGCCUCUAGCCAAGCGUCGCAGACGUCCUGGGGCACCGCUGUAGGGCAGCUCGGAAGACAGCCACUGUCCAGCUUCGUCAGUUUGCCUUCUACCCUGCCAAACAUCCUUCCAAUGACUGCCGGUUCCAUUUGGCAGCUCUCAAACUCUUCACAGCAGCCAAGUAUUGCUGCAAGCCCAUGUUCUCAGGCAUCCAAGACGUCCUGGGGCACAGCCAUAGGGACGCUUGGAGGAAAGCCGCUGCCCAGCGCCAACAGCAGUUUGGACUCCGUUCUGUCUGAGGUGCAGCCAGCAACCGGCAUUUGCACUUGGCAGGCCUUGAAUGCAUUGCAGCAGCCAAGUGUUGCCGCAGGCGCAUUUGCUCAAGCAUCACAGACGUCGUCGGGCGAGGCCAUGGGGCAGCUUGGAGGACAGCCACCAUCCAGCUUCAACAUCAGUGUGGCGACCGCUGUGCCAAAGGCGCAGCCAGUGACUGCUAGUUCUAUUUGGCAGCCCUCAAAUGCAUUGCAGCAGCCGAGCAUUGCCGGAGGCCCACUGUCUCAGGUAUCACAGAUGUCCUGGGACCCUUCCUUGGUACAACUCAGAGGACAGCCUCUGUCCCACCUCAGCAUCAGUCCGGCUUCCGUUCCACCAGAGGUGCUGCCAGCAACCAUGGGGCCUGUAGAUGGUGCCUGCCCCCCGUUUGGGAUGCAGCAGGAUGCAAGCAUGCGCCCGAGAGACAAAAGUGACUCACGAUGCUUUCAAAACUUGGGCAUUUCAUUUGACACACCGGCCGCGGUGGAAGGUGUGCCGUUGGAUGUUGGUGCUUGGCGUCUCGGCUCAUCCAGCAUGCAGCAAGAGGGUGGACCGAGUGCUUCCUCGUCUUCGGACUGCAAGCCGCAGGUGCGAUUUCCGGAGGUGCACAGCGCCUCGGUUGGAGGGCUCUUGGAGGAGCCAGACUAAAAAUAAAAGAUUGGGUGCGAACUGCAAGGUCUGUAGGCAAGUCAGGCAUGACAUGUUUUUUCCUCAGUUAAAACGUGUCGUCUCUGAGCAGGAACGCUUCAUUGAAAUUACGGAGCAACUCACUUCUGCCAUUAGUUUAAGAAUAUAACCUAGAGGGAAAUAUGACGCCAAUGGUCAUUAAGCAUCGGGCUAUUGCACUCAAGGACUCUGAUUUACAUGGUUUCAUGAGACACCAAAAUUUUGUUGAAGGGCCCUGAAGUGAGGCUAAUAAAUAGUAAAUAAAUAAACAAAAACGUA